AUGGAGCAUCCACUCCGUCGAUACUACGACUGGUUGAAGACGACGCGUGCCACACUAGAGGAAAGAGCUCCACAUCUGCUUCCGGACGGCUGGGACCUAUGGCGGAAAGUGAAACUAUCGAACUCCAUUACCAAUGUUUAUCAGCGUCCUAGCGAGCAAAACUCGCGCCGCAGCGAGAAUGGAAACCUAGCAGGUGGCGCAUCGAGUAGCAGCGGUGGUGGUCGAGCAAAGAGCAAAGCCUCAUCGCGUGGGUCUUCGCCUCGAAACAUUUUGAACUUGAGUGGUGGGAGAACAAACAUUGUCCGGGAUCGGGACUUACCCCCAGGUCGUGCUCCAGCACCUCAUGUUCCUGCAGUGAAAAGACGCCGCAUCGGUGGCAGUGAAGACCUUGGCACAAGCGAACGGGACAGCAUUGCAGGUAAUACAGCUCUAGAUAUUGAAACUACGUAAGCCGUCGUAUUGGCAUGGAGUUUCAGAAUUUACUUGUUCAUUGCAAGCAAAGUUCAUGUUUUUCGCGACACUGAAAUAAACUCCCAGGUGGUAGUGAAAGUGCGAGUGAGUUGUUCGGAGAUUUAUCAGAUUCUGAGGAUGAGGGCGAUUGGCAGAGCGCUGAACUCGUCGUGGGGCGUACUCUAGAUAAGUCGACUGAUCGCGCCAUCCAAGAUAUCGCACAUGGGCUGAUGUUUCGCGGUAACCACGAAUUUGCGGAGCGGGCCUUGAACGUAGUGGACGAGAACUUUACCUUUUUGCAACCGAAGACAGUUGAAAACACCUACUACCGCCACGUCCUCGGGGUCGUCUUGAAGAAAUUGGCAGAGGACUCAUCCAAGACAGUAGGGGCAGGUGAGCGCGAGCGACAGAAUGGUGGGAGUGGAGGCUCGCAAGGAAACCAGUCAGGACGAGGUGCCAGCUCACCAACGAGUGGAUCCUCCGCAAGCUUUGACUUCACACAGGGGCCUCGCGAGCUUUGCCCAUUGGCGCAAAUCUUCUUGCAAAAGGUUCACGAGGACACCCUUCGGGAGGAGCGCGAGCAACAGAGAGCCGAGCAGAAGCGUCAGCUGCUAGCCCUCGAAGAAAUGGAGCGCUUGGAAGCAGCAGAAGACAGCGGCGGUUUCACGACAACUAAUGGUACAACGGCAGAAGCAGCCGAGACGCCGGAAGAGACUGAGCAGCGGAAGAAGCGCGACCGACGCGAACGCGCGGCGAGGUUGUUGAAUAAGGGAAGCAGCUCCUCUGCGAGAAAGGGAUCUGGCUCUUCAGCAGCCGAAGCGCUGGUAGAGGAAGUGCUGGCGCGGCGUAGAAAAAAACUCGAAAUGAACAGAAAAGAUCCUUUUAGUGAGUUCCUCGCGAUGAAAGAAGAGGAAGCAGCCGAAACGGAGCACGCUGUGAACGGCACAGCAUCCCCUGAAAAAAGACAAGAAGGUGCGGAUGAAGUAGAUGGUCUCGAACAGCAGGAGCAAGACGACCUCCUUGUAUCAGAAAACCUGAUCGCAGAGGACGUAGACGAAGAUGGACAUGAUGUUGAAGCUGGUGCCGCGGAGGGAGACGGUCUCGAGGUGCCGCAGGAUGAAAAUAUCGCGCAGGAAGAGUUAGUCAAAGGCGUUGCAGAAGAGCAGGAAAACGAUGCGCAGCAGGAAAUUCUCAACGAAGAAGGUUGCGAGCAAGUCAACGACAACGCAGAAGUAGAUGCGCACGGUCUUCAGGAGCAAGCAGAAGUAGUGGAUGCGCACGCAGCCGACGGAGAGGCUAUUCAGGAAUCGAACGAACUUGACGCAGAUGGAACCACGGAUGUCAAUGGAGGAAAAGCUGACGACAACAGCUCACCCACUGCAGCAGCGGCUUCAAUUGCUUGUCACAAUCCGUUCUCCUCCGACGAGCACAACGGUGAAGUCGUUGAGGAAGGGCUGUCGGAGUUGCCAGUUGACAACAACGAUGCUGACCAUGACGGAGAACCAAUCAUGAUUCGUGAGACUCAUGCUUCUCUUGCUGAGCAAGAAAGCACGGAACAAGAAAGCACUGGCACUGUGUCUAAUAGGAAAGUAGAGAGCAAGAAUUCUGCUGCUACCAAACCUGGCCAAACUACUAACAUGGCAUUUGAUUACGACAGUGACGCAAGUAGCGAAAGUGAUCCGGACGAUUUUCUUGCACGCUUAGAGUCCGAUUUCAUCAGAGAAAAACGAGAGAGCAGCACCAAAUAAUGAAGCACCAACGCUGCUUGAAAGUUUUAGUAACGAGAUAAAAACUGUCGCAACACUACCUCUCCUUUGCCGCAUCCCUCAUAUAUUAAUUGACACUCAAUCUAAAGCUAACGAAACCAACCCUCUUUCUCUUUUUUGUGUUGUGCACGCGAAUGCGAAAGGGAAACUGCGCAUUGAUUUCUAGGAAACGAUCCUACUCGGCAAGGCUAAG